GUCGCUGUGUGUGUCCUCGCAGGCAGAUGUGACUGUGUGCGCGCGGACAGACGGACAGACCGCCUCCUCCAGCAGCGCGCACCAUGAUCCAGCUCAUCCGCUGUGGACCCGGCUGCUGCCUUCGGAAAAGCCCAGGCUGUCUCGGAUAAAAUAAAGUAGUCACUUGCUGCUAGGAGCGCUAAGAAGUCACUCUUCAUUAGAUUGUUUUUCCUCUCCCACAAGUCAAAGUCCAUUCGCGGGCUCUGCCGGUUGUGGAUGGUUGUGUUUUCAGUGUUCAGCCACCGGCUCACCUGCAGGAGCCAAACGAUGCGCUCCCGCGCUGCGCUCCCCCGGUUCUCCUCCCUCCUAUUUCUUCUCUUCCUUGCCCCCGUUUUUCCCUCCUCCUCCUCCCGCCGCCCCCAGUGGGUUCUCCAGCGUAUCCCUGUGGUCCUCGCACAGCAGACGGAGGUCAGGUCGCCCCCCCACUUCCUGUCUCCGGCCCGCUUGGACGUAAGCUCCCCCUGUGACCCAGAAUGCCACAAGAAGGCCCCUCGGCCGAGCUACUGGGACCUGCGGCGUCUGCUGGCCUACGAGACGCUCCACUCCAACGGUCAACUCACUGAGACCGCCGUCGGGCUCUACGGCUACGACCCCAGUCCCAACACCGGUCCAGCCCACUCCGCGCGGUCGUCUGGGAAGGCCGAGCGGUCGCACGUCAGGAGGAAGCGCCAGAUCUUCGGCCACGAUGGGCGCUUCAGCAUCGCUGGUCAGAACUACCUGCUGAAAUAUCCAUUUUCAGUGGCGGUCAAGCUGUCCACUGGGUGUAGCGGUACGUUGGUGGGGGACCGUCAUGUUCUCACAGCCGCUCAUUGUGUUCACGAUGGCAAAAACUAUGUCAAAGGAGCCCAGAAGCUCCGGGUUGGGUUCCUCAAAACCAAGCAACGGGACACACGGGCGUCUUCCUCCAACUUCACCAACCACGUCGAAGGCGGCCGCGCUCCUUUGGACCCGCCGACCAACGACCAGAUGAAAUUCCAGUGGAUCAGAGCCAAGCGCACCUACGUGCCCAAAGGAUGGAUUAAGGGCAAUGCCAAUGACAUUGGGAUGGACUAUGACUACGCUCUGCUUGAGCUCAAGAAACCGCACAAACGCCGCUACAUGAAGCUGGGAGUCAGCCCCCCGUCUCAGAGGCUGCCCGGCGGACGAGUCCACUUCUCCGGAUUCGACAGUGACCGCCCUGGCAACCUGGUGUACCGCUUCUGUCGUGCCGGCGAGGAGACGUCAGACCUGCUGUACCAGCACUGUGACGCUCAGCCCGGCGCCAGCGGGUCGGGAGUCUACGCCCGGAUGUGGGAUGGCCGGCGCCAGCGCUGGGAGCGGAAGGUGAUCGGCGUGUUCUCGGGGCAUCAGUGGGUGGAGCGACAAGGGGCGUCUCAGGAAUUUAAUGUCGCCGUGAGAAUUACAGCCCUCAAAUAUGCUCAGAUCUGCUACUGGAUAAAAGGAAACUUUGUGGACUGCCGGGAGGGGUGAGGGGGUCCACCUCGGACUCCUCAGGCCCGCGGCUCCCUCAAACAUACUGGAACCAUCUCUUUCACCCCAUCAUUUGUAGCAAUGGCGUAACAUCAACAUGAACGGAUUCACUUUGUUUGUUACACGCACACACACUAAUUUAAAGACAUUUUUUUUACACAUUAAAAAAAAGUUACUUUUGUGUUAACCGGGGAAACAAGUCAUGUGGUUUUGCAGAAGAGCAGGUUUAUCCGUUUCUUGGAACAUUUAUCUGGAUAAAAUUACCUGAAAGCCCCGCAGAUCUGGAGCAUGGACUGAAUAACAACAACAAAAGGCCCUCAGAAAGAGCAGGACUAUAGAGUGCUGUUCCACUAUGUAUUCUAGACCUUUUUAUUGUGCUCAUACUAAAGCGUUUACUGUUAAAACUCUUGAAGUUGUUCUCCUGAAAAACAAUUUGUGGAUGAAUGUACACGUCAGCGACCAAAGGUGCUAACACGUUUCUCUCCAAACUAUCUCGUAUCUCCUCUCGACACACGUGUACACAGUGCAACUUGUUACACAGAAUGCAAUUACAUGACAGCUGCAGGUUACUGGUUAUCGUGUUGUACUUUAACACUUAGCUCCAUCUGGUGGCGAAGAUAAAACAUUGCAGUUGUCCAGCAUUAUGUCCAGCAGGUCUUCAUAAGCCCUUUUUACUCCACGUAAAACGUUUGUUGAAACGGAAACUAAAAGCUGUGGCGAAUUUAAUUAAAUAUAUACUUUGAAAUAAGCAA